CAUUGUUUGGUUUUCUAUUCAUGAUUUUUUCAGAAGAUGAGAAAACUGAUCAAGUGGAAAUCGGCCGAAAGCAGAGGAGGCGCAGAAGUGCAAUUAGAACUCCAAUUAAAAGUAUCCCGGACCAUCUUCUUCCAAGAGUUGCAAUUGUUGGAAGACCGAAUGUUGGCAAAUCAGCAUUAUUCAAUCGACUUGUCUCGGGGAACAAGGCAAUUGUAGUUGAUGAACCAGGGGUUACUAGGGAUCGCCUGUAUGGCAGAUCCUUUUGGGGGGAGUUUGAAUUUAUGGUGGUGGAUACUGGUGGUGUUCUCACAGUUUCAAAGUCACAGGCCAAUGUCUUGGAAGAACUGGCCAUUUCAACGACCAUUGGCAUGGAUGGAAUCCCACUUGCCUCCAGAGAGGCAGCUGUUGCUAGGAUGCCCUCAAUGAUUGAGAAACAAGCUACUGCAGCUGUUGACGAGUCAUCUGUCAUUAUUUUUCUUGUUGAUGGCCAGGCUGGUCUAACUGCAGCUGAUGAGGAAAUUUCAGAUUGGCUUCGUAGGAACUACUCGGAUAAGUACAUCAUUCUUGCAGUCAACAAAUGUGAAUCACCACGUAAAGGAGUCAUGCAAGCAUCAGAGUUUUGGUCCUUGGGGUUUUCGCCGCUUCCCUUAUCUGCUAUAUCUGGAUCUGGAACUGGAGAGCUUCUUGAUCUUGUCUGUUCAGGCCUAAAAAAGAUUGAGGAUCCUGAUGAAUUAGCUGUAGAGGAAGAUUAUGUUCCGGCUAUUGCAAUUGUUGGUCGACCAAAUGUUGGUAAAAGUAGCAUUUUAAAUGCAUUGGUUCGAGAGGACAGGACAAUUGUUAGCCCAGUCAGUGGAACUACUCGUGAUGCUAUUGAUAUUGAAUUCACUGGACCAGAUGAACAGAAGUUUCGGCUUAUCGACACUGCUGGAAUCAGAAGAAAAGCUGUUGUUGCUUCAUCAGGUAGUGUCACGGAGGCUUUGUCCGUUAAUCGAGCAUUUCGUGCUAUUCGCCGUUCUGAUGUUGUGGCUCUUGUUAUCGAGGCCAUGGCUUGUAUCACAGAACAGGAUUGCAAGAUUGCUGAAAGGAUAGAAAAAGAAGGGAAAGGUUGCCUGAUAGUUGUCAACAAAUGGGAUACUGUACCAAAUAAAAACCAGCAGACUGCAACAUACUACGAGCAGGAUGUUAGGGAAAAGCUUCGUAUUUUGGAUUGGGCUCCAGUUGUAUACUCAACCGCACUAGCUGGUCGUAGUGUUGAUAAAAUUAUCAUGGCUGCUAGUACUGUUGAGAAAGAAAGGUCAAGAAGGCUUACUACUGCAGUAGUAAAUCAAGUAGUACAGGAGGCACUAGCUUUUAAAUCACCACCUAGGACACGAGGUGGCAAAAGAGGACGUAUCUAUUACAGCACUCAGGCUGCUAUAAGGCCACCGACUUUUGUAUUCUUUGUUAAUGAUGCAAAACUUUUCCCGGAAACUUACCGUCGGUAUAUGGAGAAACAGAGUCGUUCAGAUGCUGGGUUUGCGGGUACUCCAAUUCGCCUUCUAUGGAGUAACAGGAGUAAGACAGAAAGAGAUGAAGGGAGAGCUACAACAAGGCCAAAAGGAAAUCUUGUGCCACGUGACAAAAAAUUGGAAUUAGCUACAUGAAGAUGGGAAUGGUUUGGUAUCCUGAAACAGUGUGCAUUGGGAAAUUCCACUUUUUCGGAGAAUGAAGAUAACCAUGUAAAAGUUAGGGUUCUGCUGAGAAUAAUUUUGUCGACCAUUUUGCUGAGGAUGGACAUUGAAAAUGUAAAGCUGGAUCAUGGGCAAGCAAUUUUAAUGUCAGGAAGCUGAUGUAGGAAAAUGAUAAAAAGCUUCCAUGGAAGAUAUCACUUUCUGGAAUUUUGAGUGGUUGACAUGAACAUAGGACGACACAUGCAAGUCUCUGCGUUUGUUAUCAAAUGUUCAUGCUCAUAUGAAGUAACAAAACGAAGCUUUUAAUACAAAUAAGCAGCUGCAGUUUUGGGAGAGAGGCGAUAAACCCACUAGGAUGAUGGUACUAAAUCAAGUUUAUAUGCAAGUCUUCUCUUUGACAUGUAUAGAGGAUUAGUGAUUGAUGGGCGGAUGGACUCCCUUGAGAAAUAUACUACCUUCCCUUCUGCUAUCAGAUGAAUAUGGCCAACUGUUUUGAAGUCAUUGUAAUGUAAUGUUUUUUAAUUUC